UGGCUCCAUUGUCAGGCAUGGUUUGCUUUUUGAUUCAGAGUGUCAGAUAUUUCUGAGAAUUCUCUUCGUAUUGGAAAUAAUUCGUAGGAACGGAGCAAGGCGUUUGGCUGGUCUUCGAGGAUUCUAAUGUGUUCGGUGAUUAUUUGGUCAACAUUGCCGAUAUUGGCGGCAGUAGGCUAUUGUUUUCUGUGACAAGCGGUGUGCCGGGAAUGUGCGCGACAGUUGUUUCGUCUUGGUAUGGAUCUACCACGCGGCAGUCUGGAGACCUUACCAUCGAGUGCUUUUAACUGUCACUUCUGCCAAACACUUCAAACACCAUACAGAACAUAGUGUUCCACCACUAAAUUUAAAAAUAAAAAUCCACAGAUGUAUAGGCGUGCCAUCUCAACUUCAACUCGUUGUACACUAACCGGAUUUGGAUCGGAGUGGUUCCAACAGAAAGACGCCGACUUAAGCUGGCUAAAAGAGGUACGUUUCCUAAUAUCAUGGACUGCUGCUCCAAAAAGAGAUUACUUACGAUCAUGACAAGUGUGUGCGCGUGUGCCGCCUUCGGACUUCUCUGCAUCGCCGUCGCCACGGACUACUGGCUGUACACGAGAGAGCGACUGAAGAAAGACUCCGAGUACAACACCACCAUACCGGCCACGUACAGAAGUGUCUACUCCGGCUUGUGGCGCAAGUGCGAGGACAAAGGGUACUCACAGAGGGGAGUCACCUGCAGUUACAUCAAGUAUUUCACUGGAGAUGAGGACAGGGAAGGCCUGGGACCUACAGAAGCUAUUUUACUAAACAUCAGACGUGCCACCAUGUUUCCCUUAGUUAGUCUCCUCAUCCUUCUGAUCGGGGGGAUCAUGUGCUUCAUAGGGCACUGCAAUUCUGGACGCAAGAUCCUCACAUUCGUCUGCGGAAUUCUCUUUGUUUUAGCAGGUCUGUGCACACUGGUUGGGAUUAUUCUUUACAUCGGCAGCAUAACAGAGGAAGUCGGUAACAAGCCGAGAGCGUCCAUAGAAGAGCCCAAGUUUGUGUAUUAUUACGGAUCUUCGUUCAUCAUGGCGGUCGGGUCGUUCAUCCUCACCGAGCUGUCUGGCGUCUUUUCCGUGUACCUUUAUAUAACCAAAAAUAAACAAGCACAACGCAAAAAACUCUACAAAAUUAAACACACGGAAAACGCGCACAAGACCGAAGCAAACGAUAACAGAGCAAACCACUGGAGGCACAGCGGUCCCCGUUCCCAGUCUCGCGAGAGGUCACAGUCACGUGAUCGGUCACGAGAUCCAUCAGUUACUCGUUCUGAUAGCUAUUUCACAUAUACACCUAUAUCUGAUGCAUCCCAUGAGUUAUCGAACUACAAUUUUCAAAGAGACUCAUCUCGAAACACCAUCUCUACGACCGCCGAAAUGCAUCCCACGCAAAAGGAAAUAGUGUCCCCACCACCAUCGAUUGAUAUCGUUCGUAGAACAACGCCAGUGUGACCACGGAGUAAAUAGGUUUAUUUGUAAAGGAAACUAGCUCUUCAUUUAAGAUCUGCACAUGGGCAUCAACUCCAAAUUGCGAUGGUGAAUGUGGGUCUUUUGUUGGGGUUUUUUUGGUGUGCUGUUACAAAGUCUGUGACCAAUAGUUAUUUGGUUUGCCACGCGUCACUGAAGAGGGAAUAUUCAUUUGUUUGGAUUAAAGAGCAUAAAGGGAGUUAACUCCUACUGAAUUGACAUGGCGUUUUCGGUUGCUGGAGAGUUGAUGUCCCAUAUGAUCAGAGGAGCCGACUCGGCCCAUAUUCAACACACAGCACGACCACAUGGGUUGAUAGGGCGGAAAUACGCGACAACGGGCCGAGUAACGAUUGCCUUUUUCUGUAACGUGAGGGCUACAGUCGACGUCUUGAGCUCAAGAUGAAGGUGUGGCUGCUUUAAACGACGUGUGAAAUACGAAAACAAUGGCGUUAAGAUGGUAUCAGAGAAAUGGCGACGUUUGAAUAUAUAUACGUAUAGUAUAUAUAUAUUUACACACAUAUAUACCUAAAACAAAUAUUUGAAACACGUCUUGGAUCAUGUUAUUGUUAUUGUCAUGAGCAUAAAAGCAGACGUCAUUAUCCGUUUUACUUCGUUCUUGGAAGCAUGACGCACAGGCACGUGAUGUCGUAGUCGUGAUGACCUAUAGAAUGAAUAAUGUAAUAAUCAAAUACCUGUCACGAAUUUGUAACAACAUCAAUGUACAUAUUGUAUCACCACUGAAUAUUGCUAUACAUUACUUUGGCCUACUUGGUCUGGUAUACAUUGUUAAUAAACUUCAGUACAUACUAAUAAUGACAUGGUAUUGCAUUCAAUUUGCUAUCAACGUCAAUCGACGUUGGUAAAUUUGGAACUGACAAUUAGUUUGAUAGAAAUACAAAUAAAUAAAUAAAUAAUUCAUCUCGAAUAGCGUCAUUUCAAAAGUCAUCACUUCGCUUUUUUUAAUUCAAUACAAAUAAACUAGCAGACGUCUUUAGCAGAUUUUACAAGGCACACUCAAGGUCACUUGUGAUUUUGAUGUAUCAUUUAAUUGUCACAUACAGUACAUCUGUUUAUACGUUGUGGAGAUGUACUACAGUGAUUAGUUGUCACAGCGAGGGCACGUUGUGUUGGACAAACUGAAAACUAAUAGUGUAGUCAUGGGUUGAAGUUGGUGUCUACCCUCAAUGAAACAGCUGCCAUUGGUGGAUGUGCAAUACUUUGUCAUUGUUAUAUAUAAACAAUGAGUUUCAGGGAACUUGAUCCUGGCUCUAUUAACAUGAACGUGAAAAGAGUGUAUAAAUAACAUUUUAUCUGGACCCGUAGGGUGUAGUAAAAACAUAAAAUAAAUAAACAUUCAACCUACUCCACCUAAUACUUUUCGGUAUGUUCCCGGAAACACAAGUCUGUAGCCCUUAGUAUGCAUACGAACUUAAUUAAUAGUACAUACUAAAACAAAUAAUUAAUGUGUAGCAAUAUUUAAAUGCUAGUAACGCACAAUAAAUCUAUGUGCUAGUACGUGCGUUGGUUUUAUCAGAAAUCCGUUACAGGUCAAAGACCAUCAGACGUAGUCUACAUGCUAUCGUGUCUAAAACGUCAAGUGCCUGUGCUUGCGUCAUCAUAUAAAUUGCUUUUGUGGACGUAUUCCAUGGUGUGAACGUACUACUAUUAAGCAUGACGUUAUAUGCCACUGUUGCACAUAGUUAUUUUUAAAGAGACAUCAUUCUAUUGGCUUAUCUUAUGAUUGGUGCAUCGUUGUUUGUUUUGCUGUUAUUGGUUGUUGUGUUUUGUUUAAGGGAGGUUUCUCUUCGUCUUUUAAUUAUUUUAUUUAGUUUUUCCAUUAUUAUUUUUAUGUCACUCACUGAAUGUGUCUCUGCAACAUAAACGAAUAACAUGGUUGUUCAAUUAUCUCCAUAUCUAUAAUGCUAUGUGUUUUCAUUUUAAUUAAUCCAAGUUUAAUGAUGUAGAUACACUUUUCACCUUUGAACCAACGAACCUACUGAUUUUUUGUUGGUAUAUAUGAUUAUGUGACACGGUUCUAAACUAAUCAAAUACAUACAUUUGGAUGAAACCUGACAGGCAAAAUCAUGUUGUGAAAUUGCCUAUUUGAUCAUAUAUCUGAGUAGGUUUAGUUGGUGUGUGCAAACAAAUGUUAAACUAGUGAAAUAUAACCUCAACUUCAUAUUGAAUGUUUGGUUUGUUCAUUUUGUUAUAAUUUUUUAUUUGUAAAAAAAAAAUAUAUAUACUUUUUCAGCCAUAGCAACCUCAUGUCAUAUUUUCAGUUCAUGUUCUUUUAUAUAGGUCAUCUGUUAUAAUUAUACACAGCAGAGCGCAGAUGUUAAACACAAGCCAGUGUAUCAAAGGAAAGGACUAUUUGUCGAUAACACACUCCACCAAAUCAUAUUUAUCAAUCAGUCACUAUAUUUGCCAGCCUUCGGCCAAAACAAUAUUUACAUUUCACCAGACAUGGUCACAAUAUGAAAUGGCCUACAAACAGUAUACUAUGUGUAUAUAAUUGUUAAUUAUCGCGUAUUAUGGGUUAAUCUGAAGAACUAUGAUGUCAUCACUUACGCUGCCCUUUCAGGUUAGUAGAAUGUUUUUUCACAUGCACUUGCGAGAGGAAACACACUAUUUUUAAAUAGCAUUUACUGUGUUGGUGCAAGGUUAUUUGGAGCGUAAGCGAGAAUUUAGUAGUAUGUUGUCCUGUAUGUAUGUCAGUGUGCCUAAACGAACAACCGACUCCGUCAUUAAAAUACGAAGGUGUUUGUUAGACGGACGCGAGUCUGUUAUUAAUAACAGGUAGUAACAUAUUUGGAUUCUGUGUUCCCUAGCACCGCAUGUUUUUUCUGUUAAAACUUCGAUAGCAUUGUGUUUUGAUAAAAGUACUAUGACGAAAUAA